AUGAAUAGAGGCAAACAAGUAGAGCCCAGUCAGGGACUGAUCCGGCGGUUCAGCGAUGAUAUCUCGCAAUCUUCGCCGGGGAGUCCCUGGGUCGUGCCCUGUCAGCCAAGGUGGCGUUUGACCGAAAUCGAGAGCGAUCACGAACUCGCUCAAGGCUGCGUCCCUGACGAAGAGGCCGUUCUACUUCACCAGAGCCAGCGACUUCACGCAGCGUGGACCAAAUUCCGACGAAGCCUCCCAAAGGAGCAACAGAUACGACUUGAAGACUGCGAUAGGCCAGACAUCAAUUUCCUCGUGGCCACUGUCAACAAGGCAUCGGCAACAUGGAAGUCGGGACGAGAAGAAAGCACUUUGGGCAAGCUCAAAUCCAAAUUCCACAGCCUUUGUGAGAUUUGCCAAGAUCACAGUUCGCUGCUGAAAAUCUUUCCCACAAACGACAAGUACGUUGCCUUGCUAACGGGGUCAAUCUCUGCUAUCGCUCAGGCGACUAUAAAUCACCAAAACAUCGCCGAGGGGGUGGCGGAUACCCUCGACGAUCUGGGCUAUGAUCUUGAUUUCUGGAACCGCCAGAUGAUGGAGCAUGGAAAUAUCCCCGCUCUCCGUCCAUAUAUCCAGGAGCUUUAUGUCGUGGUCUUUGAGUUCUUCACGGAGAUAUUUACCAAGUGGUCGAAAUCCGGCUGGAAGCGAUUUCUCACCAGUUUCGAUGAGGGCGUAUUCAACAAGCUCUUCACGUCCAAGAAAAACCGCCUUUUGGCCAUUGAGCGUCGCAUGGAACGCCAUAUCAAUCUCGACUUCCGCCAUCACACUGCCAUGAGUCUUAAGACGGUGAUUGAAAACCAGGAAAGGCUCUUCAAUAUAUUACCGGACCAACUUGGCGAACAAAGAUUAUUCCUUGGAGUAUCCCUUCAAAGGUUUCUAGAGCAACAACAAAUUUUCAGUCUCGAACCACCCCAGGCGGCCUUGGUAAUAAGCACGGUAGAAAGCACAGCAGGAGAGACGCAACCCGUUUCUACGAGUGGUGACAGUGACCUCGCACUCCCUGAACCGGAGGUUCACCCGACCCGACGUGCGCAAUACCGGUUCAACCGUGCAGAGAUUCAAGCACAAUUGACCACAUUCACAAAUCAAUGGAUGAAUCAAGUCAAUUACUUGAUUGAGGCUGCCAAUCAGAUGUCACUUCUUCGGCUCGACAAGGAGGUACACCAUCGUCUAGUGGCGUGGUUACGAGGCCUCGAUUCAAUGAAUUUAUGGAUUCGAGGCCCCCACGGCGUGCCACGGCCUAGCCAAAAUUCCAUGACUGCGGUGUCUCUGGCAGCACUGGCGCGCAACAACAACAUCCCCUGUAUCGUCUACUUCUGCACCUUCACAGGCCCUCAUUCUUCUGGGAUUUCCAAGCGAGUCGAGCUGGGAUUCUUGCUCGCCUCGAUUGUCACGCAGCUAGUUCAAUUCCUCCCAGAUAAAGGUUACGCAGAGGCGGACCUAUCUCCUACGCGCUUCUCAACCCUCGCACAGGGCUCUUUAAGUGUGGUCGAGACGCUCCAGCUGAUACAAGAUGUGCGGAACGUUGGCCCGAGAUUGGUAUAUGGCUUUAUAGAUAACAUUCAGGUCCUAGAAGAUCGGUCCGAUGAAGCCUAUAACCGAGAUCUAUUGAGGGUUAUUGCGACUAUAUGUAGGCUUGGUAGCCGGAGUCAGCUUUCAGAGAGUGAUGGUACACCGAACGAGGACGAGGUAUCUGUAGUUCCGGGCACAAGGAUCUGUUUCACAACGGAAGGAUACGUGGAUGGCCUGGCGCAGGCCAUAGAGCUACAAUUAGUUGAGAGGGUUGAAUUUGACCUUGAGACGAAUGACCCCCUUGGGGGAGAGGCCGGUGGAAGACUUGUAUGGGAUGCGGAGGGAAGGGAUGAUUGA